GCCAAACAUCGCAGUAAGUGCCAUAGGUAUUAUUUUUGCAGUAUUGUUCAGGAGAAGUCGUCCUGUAAAUUUUAUAUUAGUGGAAGUGAAUUUGUAACGUCAAUAGAUUGUAUGUUGGUUGUAUUAAGUGUAAUUCAAUGUAACUGUCAAUACCUGCUUCGUUUUCUUUGUUGCUUACGCAAGGUUGAUUCAUAACAAGAAAUUUUGUUUACUUUUUGUACUUCGAUCACUGAGUGGAACGUAGUGUGAAAAAUGCAACAUACAUACCCCUGCACACAGCAGAUGGAGGCAAGCACCACAUAUGAAGUGCAACAAGCAGGAUCCUAGCUCAUAGCAGGACCUCCUUCGGGAGUGAAGUGAGAGUGGGCAGAAUGUUGUACGUGUUCCAUGUAGACACAGGAAAGAUGAAGACUUUUGACAUGAACCUGGCUGUGGAGAGUGUGGGUCAUGUACGAGUAUCUUACCUGAAUUUAUGUGACUUCAGUGUAAAACAGCUCCAGGAUGUGAUUGAGAGAAGCUGUGGCAUCCCUGUGGAGAAGCAGGUGCUCCUGGUGAGUGGUGGGGAGGCUUUAGAUCCAGCAGCUCGUGUGUGCAGCUACUCUGCUGGGACUGAUACCAACCCCAUCUACCUGUUCAGCAAGAAUACUAUUGAGAGUCUCACCCCACCUGCUCUCAGCAUUGACUUUGGUCCAGAUAUUUCUCUGAAGGACCAAGUGGAUGCCACUCAGAACAUGCCUGACACUUACACAACUGUUGUAGUGAGGACCCAACUGGCACAGCAGUUCUGUGAUCAUGCACGUGAACAGACACGGGUCUGUGAAAAUCUGGUCCAUGAUCAACAUCUCCAGCAGCAAGGAUGGGCAGCAGUUUUGGCCAACUUGGAGGACGUCACCCAGGUUUUCAGAACUCGAGCAGAACAUUUCAAUCAGAGCUUCAGCCAGCAUCUGGAGAUGAGGGCAGAGCACAUCAAGCUUCUGGAUAAUUUCCAAGAUGAUAUAAACAUGCUGGAGAAGAUUCCAGUGAUCCCUGUAUUGCUGGAAGCUGCAGAGGAUGAGGCCGCUGGAGCUGCCAUAGCACGGGUGUCACCAUUGCAGGAGGGAGGGGAGCUGACAAGAAGUGACAGGGAUGGGGACCAGCAGUUGGAUGACAGGGGAGGAGAGGGUACCUGUAGCCAACAGCAAAGUGAUCAACCAGUAACCCUCCUGCAGUGGAUCUCUGCCAACAACCAGAGCAACAUAUACCAGUUGGCUCAGUUGUGCAUGAGAAACUUGGAACAGGUUGAUGACCAGGCAAUUGAAUCUCUGAAGGCAGAGGUAGAUAAGGUGCUGAAUCACAUCUUUCGGACGGAAGUGAAGGAAAUUAAGGGCUUGGAAGAGCGGUUGUAUGGACUGGAGCAGCUCAUGGUUGAAACCAAGAAAAUUGUUCAGGAACAGAGUGACCUGACUCAGUCAUUUCUGUCGAACCAGACUCGGGCAAAUGUCCUGGGUGAUACCUCUAUCUUGCCGGACCUUUGUGCAUCCCAUCGACGCCAGCUGCAGGUGAUGUUGCACAACCAUGAACACUUGCUGGACAUUCGAGCCCGUUGCACCCGAGCCAAGGAAGAGCUAUGUCAGAACCUGCAUAUGCGCCUGAAAUGGAUUAUGUAUGUGGAGAAUAUGAUGUGUGAUGUAGGGAGCCGCCUCAUGAUGUACUAUGAGAAGCUGAAGCGGCUGCGCCGACACCUUGAUGUCAUCCAGCAGAUUCACCUGUCUCCACAGAUGUACAUCAAUGCUGUUGGAGAAGUAGUCCGGCGACGGACCUUCUCUCAGGCAUUUCUUCUGUGGGCUAGUGACCUGGCAUGUCAGCUUCUGGUCAUCCACAAUGAGGAGGUGGCAAGACGCAGGGACUUCCAGAGUCAGUUUGAUGGUCACUUUCUGAACAAUCUUUUCCGAGGCAUGGAGGACUUUCCCCCUCCAUUUGCCACACAAGCACCUUUACCUUUUGACUUAAAUCUGCCCAGGCUUGCAAUAGAAGAUGUGGACAGGCUUCAUGCACAAUUUCCAGAACUGAGCUUCUCAGUUUCUGGCCCCGAUCUGGAGACCAUCACCCAAUUCUUCCUAGUGAAGUCUGUGACAGGGACCUUGAAGACAGAGGACAGGGAGGAAACUGCAGCCCUAGAAGACAGACUAGUGAGAGUAGUGACAGAUGCAGGUCUGGCUAGCCACCUGGAUCCAACACUGCUGCAGCCAGCUGAUGGGGACACUACUGCUCUUGCUCAGAGUCCCAGUCCCAUUUCUCUGCAAGGCAGUGCUCCUCCCAGGGAUCAGGACAGAGGCUUUGAGUCUGAGACUGACACAGAGGAAUUUGAGAAGGUGGGUCAGAGCCCAGUAGAGCUGACAUUUGACUCCAAACCGUCAACAAGCAGUGUAUGUGCCACAGGCCAGGUGACAGAGCAGGUACAACAGCCAGACAGGGUGCCGUCGGUCCUCGGCACGCUGGAGGAAAAUCUGGGCAACACCCGGAGUGAAGUAGAGCAGCUGCGUGGGCAACUUAGCGCUUGCUGGCGCACUACAGCUCAGGUUGUGAGUGAGUUACGAACAGAGUUAGCUAGCAUGCGGGCUCUCAUCUGGCAGGAGCAGGUUGAAUUUAAUGGAUUGCUGGCUCAGCUGUUGGCAGCAUUGGGACAGCAAUAUGAAUCUGCUGUGGAGGCUGAGAAGAUGCUUAGGCAGGAACAGUUACAACGUCUCACUGUAGACCAUGAACUGGAGAUGGAUUCCCUCAAGAAAUAUGUUAGGAGUGCAGCUGAGGCUAAGGACGAGGAGAUCCGAAUCCUGAAGCAGACCAUCUUAAUGAAAGAAGAAGACCUGGCAUCUCUGCGAGCAAAUAUGGAGGAACAGCUGGAGGAGAAAGUUCAGUCCCGGCAAGAAGCAUUACAGAAGCUAGAACUUGAACUUUCAGAGAUGAGGCAACAGUGCAGUGUUGUACAGGAGCAGCUGGAAGGGGCAGAGACUGAUAAGCAAAGAGCCCUCAAGGAGCUCUCUGAUCGGCUAACUCACAGCUACAAGACAGAACUAGAGGGACUGCGAUCUCGUUUUAGGCUCAUGGCAACCACUUCUAUGGAGCGCAGCCCCAGUGACAGCAGCCUUGAAAAGAUUGAGAGGUCUGAACUGAUUGAGUUGGUGAAUCAUGAGGCAAUUGUGGCUCAGAUUCGUAAGGAUCUGGCAGCAGAACGGGAGGCAGCAGUGCGAAGAGCAGUGGAGAAGGAGAGAGCAUGCUGGGAGGCCAGACUUGAGCAGGAACUCAAGCAGGCUCGUCUACGCUCUGAGGCAGAGAGACAGGUGUGGUUCAAUGAGGCAAUGAGGCGUGUGGUGGAAGAUAAGGAGCGGCAGCUGGAGAUCCUGCGAAUGCGUGAAGUCUCAUUGGUUGAGGAGUGUCAGCGCCAUCAGGAAACUAUCCGGCAGCUGACAGACAGUAGAGAAUCUGGCGCACAAGGAGCUGGAUCAGCAAUGUGGCCUCUUCUGGACCGUAUGGAUGAGCUGGAAGCUGAUAAGGCAUGUCUACAAGCCCAGCUGGCAGAGGAGCGUGAGAGGAAGGCAGCAGAGAUGAACACUUCAGUUGCUGUUGUUCAGGAGAGCACCAGCAGUCGAGAUGCAGCUACAAGCCCUGAGCCCUCACAGCGAGGCCUGCAGGAGGAACACCCUUUCAGGGAAAAGUUGACACGGAGCACAACAUCUCUCAUUCAGCAAGGGAAGAUCAGCAUUGUAUCGUGCAACGUGGGUGACGCAGUGCUGGUGGUGUGGGAUGAAGAGCAUCGGAACUACACAAUUUUGCAGGAGACAGCCACACUCUAUUUCUUGCACUCAGACUGCCUUGAUACGCUCGGUCUGCGUUCUGCAUCUGCAGAUGGUUCACUUAGACGACUCUACAGCACAGGUGAAGUUACUGAGAAGGAAUAUUGCCAUGCCAGGAAACCAGAGAACCGCUACCGAGUGCCAAAGGGAACCAAAUUCUAUCGAGUGAAAGUACGGCCAUUGCAGAAGGAUUCUUCAUUAGUACGUAGCCAACACCACCACCACCAUCAUCAGCAUGGUCAUCAGUCACUGACUCAAUCUCAGAAUCAGGAGCUGACGCGCUCACAGCAGGAACAGGACAGAAGUGCAAUGGAUGUGCCAGAGGAAGAGUCCAGGAGAUAAGUGAAAUGUGGUACCUUUUUUUGUCAUUACAAAUUUUGUAUUGUGGUAAAUAUUUACAGUACCUUACAUAGGCCAUGGAGUAAAAUAUUUUUGAAUCAUCCUACGAAGAGAAUUUUUACCCCAAAAGAGUGCAUGAAUGUUGGGGAAAAUGUUUUUUUAAGAUAUCUUUACAGAGGUUACUUGAUUUCCUGUUGGACUUUUAAAAUAACAUGGUCACUUAUGUUCUAGUUCAUUUGUCACUCAUGGUGGCAAAUUUUGUGAUAUUUUUGCUCCUUCUAUAUUUGAACUUGUAAGUGAUAGUUUGAGACAUUAUGUGAAUGAGGACAUAUUAUGUUGCUUCAAGAUCUCCCACGAUGAGGUAUUUGAUUGCCUGCUUCUGAAGUCAAAUUCUUUUUGUCUUUCUAUUGUGUAAUUUUUCUUUAUUUUAAGAAAUGAUGUAUAAUUGCAUUACUGCACACUUUUGUGUUCUAACUUGUCUUCUGCAAUUUGCAACCUAUGUAAAUACCAAAGGAAGAUUGUAAAGUGGAAGUUUCAGUCUUAUUUACAAUACAAGCUAGAGUUCCAUAGUAAAUAGUUUCCUCACAUUCUAGUGCUGUAGUCUUUGUAUUCUGUAUAAUUUCUUUGUGUGAAAAUCUGGAAAUGGCCUGGAGAAGACUGCAUUGUUCAAUAUGACAGAUUUCACAUUUAUGCAUGACAAUUAUAAUGUGGCCAUUUGCUUUUCUUUAUGAAAAAUUGAGUAGAAAUAUUGAAAUCACUUUAGAAUAAUUAGGUUAGUCGAGGAACAUCACAAUCAUGACUUUGUUAACACAAAGGAUGAAUUUUGCCAUAAUGGUUGUACUUGAGGAUUAAGUGGAUGCUGCUUUCCUUGAACGAUUCCACAUCAUCGACCAAAAGACAAAUCACUGCAGAUACGUAGAGCUAUAUAUAUAUACACACACUGUACAGUAUAUUUUUAUUGAGAGGAUUUUCUUCAUUACAGUUAUCGUAACAGUUUUCUUUUUUCAGUUUUCUUUUAUUGUUCAUUAACUGGAUUUUGUAAGGCUGUGAUGUAAUAGGCAAGGCUCAUAAAGCAAACUUGUUUUCACUAUAGGCUGCCAUGAGUGAAUUUGGCCCAGCAGACAAUGUCAUACUGCCCCAUUUGGACUAUCAUUGCUUGUGCAUGAUUUCCAAAGCUUGAGAGGAAUGGAAGUUGAAGGGUGGCAGAAAGAAAAUCACCAUCCUGCAAGACAGAAAAUGAACAUGAGUUCUUUUAUGCAUUGAAUUGGGAUGCAACUGAACACAGUGGUACAAAGUGUAUAUCAGAGUACUAUAAUUCCUGUUUUACUUGAAGCUCAGUUCAAACUUCAUCACUUUUUGCCAGAAUCACUGAUAAUAGAAGGAAGCGGUACAUGCUGUGCAGUAUAGACAUCAUUAAGAUUUAUGCCAUUGAUUUUAAACCUUUUAAUUUAAUUACAAGAAAAAAUAAUAGUUUUGUCUGUUCUGUGUUGUGAAUUUCUGACACAAGAAUAUACCACAUUAUAGAUUUAAGAUAAAAGAAACAGUAAUGAUUUAUGUGUCCAAAAAUGCACAUGAAUACCAUAGGUCAGGGAUGGCAAACGUUUUCAAGGCUGCAUGCUCAAAUGUAAGAGGAAAAAAUAAUAUUUUGUUAGUAAUUAGUAUUGUUUAUCAAAAUAUUUCUUUGAAAUACAGUUUUGCAUGCCCAGCAGCUUACCACUUGUGGCAUGCAUGCUAAUGGGUUUCUGUCACUGCCAUAGAUGGAUCCAAAUUUGCAAAGACAGCAUUUGAAACAUAAGUGUUGUGCUCCACCUUUCUAGAAUUUAUCAGUGAUUACAUUAUGCUGCCUGAGCCUUACGGGCUCAAGUCAAUCCACUGACAGAGAGAGGAUUAGAGCAUUUGUGACUCAUAGAGUUAAUAAUUUAUGAAUUAUUAUUAAUUCAACUUAAGAAGAGUUACAUACCAGAAGAUGGAACUCUUCUUAAUCACUGCUGUGAGAACCUGAAAUCCUGCAUAAUUCAGCUUAAUUCAAUAUUAUGUUUUAUGUAAAUGAUGAUUACAUCUCUAAAAGAUUAAAUAGAUUCAUUAUCUUUCAAAGCACAGUUCAAAAAUUUUAUACAAUGAUAAAUUUCGAAAAGAUAUACACCCUUCUGAAGCAUAAGUGUUCUUAUAUGUUUCUUGCACUCAUUGCAUGAACUGAUCAUGUGAUGGGGAGGCAAUGUCAUUUGUCCACAUGUUUUGCCUGGCCCCUAUGCAUUGUUAUAUAUAGCAGUUUUUUAUUAUUAUCAACAAUAGAUUGGUAUCUCCAUUAAGUGAACACAGGACUGAAAGGGAUGCUGAAGCUCAAAGAGCACUUGGAAACUCUCUGUACUGUACACUAGAGUCACUCUUACUGCAUUCACACAGAUGUAGUAACUGUAAACAUUUAACCCUUUAUGGUCCAAUUUAAAUACCAUUACGGUUUUCUGCCUGUCUUAUUUAAAUACUACUGAACUGUUUAUUUGCAUCUACUAUUAUAAACUGCUUAGUUUUUUAUAACUUCCAUAGAACUGAAGAAAUGUUA